ACUCAGGCUGUAACUCACUGAAGUGAUGAAAAGCCCAUUGAUUCAUUUGAGCGGGCGUAGUCAAGAGGGACGCAGCCACGUUAACGUCUUUCUUUUAUAACAGCGACUGGAACAAGCACGGCGCUAAAACAUACUUACUUUAAAAUCAACACAUAUAUUGACAAGAAACAUUAUGAUCAACACAGAAGCAAGUGCUGCACUUCUGGAUUCAGCAUGUGUGCUCAAUUGGGUCAGGCAGGGGGCUCCAGGGCCUCUGUGGUGCUCCUGAUACCCCUCGACCACAGAGGACGAUCACAUCUGGACAAGGGACAGGGAAGGAGGAGACUCAAGAUGUAGUCCUUUACAAGGGUGGGAAGUUAACUGUGAAACAGGUGACCUCACUGGACAGCAGAUCAUCUAUUCUGCACUUUCAGUAUCAGCUAAACAAUCAAUUGUCAUGGAGCAUGCGGUCUGUACUCUCUGGCCACAGCCUUUUUGUUGGUAUACCAGAUGGAGAACUCCUUAAAGGCACCAAAGAAGGACUCACCAGUGUCUUGGAGUUUGCAGAAGAGAAACUGAAGAUCAAUCACAUCUUUGUGUUGUUUGUGAAGAGAAGGCCAGACGCAUUCCUCCUUACAAGAACAUUCUUCUGUUUGGGAUUUGAGCUUGUGAAACCAGAUCAUCUAUUAGCAUCCAUGGCAGGAGAUUUGCGUCUUAUGGUCUACACAAUACAACAAAUUCACUCCUCAGAAGAAUAACACACAUUUCUAUAGACUGUUGUAAAGUACACUUAAAAUAAAACUGGCCAAACAGUGUCUUUAUUGUGCCAAACUAACCUGCCACUAGAAACAUUCAGGGUACAGCCAUUUAGUAAUAAAAAAACGGAGUCAAAUUAUAGGUUAAUUAAUUUAAUUAGAACAUCACACCCAUAAAAACUGUCCAUUUAAAACCAUAUUUUUAUUUAUGUAUGAAUUAUUUUAUAGCAAUAUAAUUGGGUUGUUUAUGUGGUAUACUGUGGUAUAUUUCAAAAUGUCCUGUCCAGCUACUAAAAUUAACAGUCCAACAUGACAAGUGAUAGCUGACAGCAACACAAGACAUAUACCAAAAUAAAUAAAGAAACAUACUGUAUGGUCUCCCAUGUUCACUGGAUAUGUAAUAGAAAGAGCUGCUAGUGGUUUCUUUAAGGUGUUUGUAAUGUUACUGUUGAUAUAACAACAGGAACAAACUGCGGAAAAGAUCCUCAUAUGACAGACUUUUUGGAGCAACAAUGAACUGCACUUACCUCUAGAAAAUAUAGAAAUAUAAAGUUAAAUGAACACAAUAUUAUUAUUUGAUCUUAAGCUCAGGCUUUGGAUAAGUUUGUAAUUAGGCUUUAAUAAUGAUUUAGAACAAGUUUUAACAUUAUCUGUACGACAUCUGACGAAAUAUGUUACACAUUUGAAAGAAAGUGCCAUGCUUUAAACUUUCUUGCUUUUGAGGUCAUUUUAUCCUCGUUUCUGGUAACAGCUUUAAUUGUGUAUUAUAUGCUAAACAUUCAAUUAGCAAUUUUGGUAAGCUAAGAUUCAAUCAUAAAAAUUUAAUAAAUAACGCACGAAACGCGCCCGAUAAACUUUGACCUUUGAAGUUAUGUCAGAUCAGAGAGCUGUGAUUGGUCAGUUCACCAAGGGGACGCUGGUUGCGUCAUCACCAUCGCUACGAUUCGCUACCCCAAUGAACAGUAGUAGCUAGCUAAUGCUACCAUACUAUUCUUUACUGGACACACACCAAUGUCAUCAUGAAUAUGCAGUAAAACUGAAACAUCUCUGCUGCACGGGAGCCCUUGGAUUGAUGCGGGGCACUGCAGGUGGGAAGCAUGCAGCAGAAGCGGAACAUUCAGAUCAUAGAAUGGGAGGACUUGGACAAACGCAAGUUCUACUCAUUUGGGUUAUUCAUGACCAUGGCCAUCCGUGCCACAGUCUACCCGGCCACACUCAUCCGCACCAGACUGCAGGUUCAGAAAGGGAAAUCUCUCUACACUGGGACCUACGAUGCCUUCUGUAAGAUUCUCAGAUCUGAAGGUUUGAGAGGACUCUACAGAGGCUUCAUGGUGAACACGUUCACGCUUAUAUCAGGCCAGGCGUACAUAACCACUUACGAACUGGUAAGGAAGUACGUCUCCAACUAUUCUAAAGACAAUACGCUAAAGUCAUUAGUUGCAGGAGGGUCAGCGUCACUGGUGGCCCAGAGCAUUACUGUUCCCAUAGAUGUAAUAUCACAGCAACUCAUGAUGCAGGGCCAAGGGGAGCAUCUCACCCGCUUUAAAGUUAAACCCAAAUCAUCAGGAGCAAAACCCUCAAUAUCUUUUGGCCAGACGAGAGACAUUAUCGCACAGAUAUUUGCUGCAGAUGGCAUCCGUGGGUUCUAUCGCGGUUAUGUGGCGUCCCUCCUGACCUACAUCCCUAAUAGUGCGGUGUGGUGGCCAUUUUACCACUUUUAUGCAGAACAGUUGUCUAAGAUGGCUCCCAGUGACUGCCCUCAUCUACUACUGCAGGCUAUGGCUGGACCUCUAGCAGCUGCUACUGCUUCCACUGUCACCAACCCUAUGGAUGUCGUGAGGGCCAGGGUUCAGGUGGAAGGACAGACGUCAGUCAUUGAGACAUUUAACCAGUUGAUCAGAGAGGAAGGAUUCUGGGGGAUGACCAAGGGCCUUUCUGCUCGCAUCAUCUCCUCCACGCCAACGGCAAUAGUCAUGGUGGUUGGUUAUGAAACUCUUAAAAAACUCAGUCUACGACCAGAGCUGGUUGACUCCCGGCACUGGUAAAGAAAAAAACCUCCAUUUGACCCUUUCACUCCAUAUUAUUUUAGCCUUUAAAAUGUCCUUCCUUUUUAUGAUUCAGUGUGACAUGGAAGAUUUAUUUUUUGGUGGUCAUGAAAAUAAUGUUUUAGCUAAUGUAACAGUCGGCUUUUAAAGCGGCAACGAGUAACUUUUUGACCUUAAAAUAAUGUCUCUAAAAUUAUUUUAGUGGUAGGACAACUUUUAACUGGACGAAUUUUACUGUGGUUACUACCCAAGCAGCCUCCUAUCGGCUGAAAUUGCACUUGUAACUUUGGUGUUCGGGCCGGUACAAGCCCCGCCUAUCCCCUGCUUUACGGCAUACGUCACGUUUUAGUCGUAGCCUGGGAGAAGUUGGCCAACAGCAGAGCUAACAGUAAGAUAAAACUAUCCAAAACAUCACCAUGGCAGAGCCAGCCAAAAAACCAAAGAGGGUUUUGUCGGAGGAAGCAAUGAAAAGAAAGCGAGAGAGUGAUCGGACACGAGGCCGGUCACGAAUCAAUAUCGGACAGGCUUACACUCGGUGGCGCGAGCAGCAACAGUAAGCAAAAGUUACUCGUUGCCGCACUUUAUUCAGUAGGAAACACUGCUCAGGUUUUCAAGUAAAAGUGUAACAGCACAAUUAUUUUUCUGACACUUUAAAAUUAUGUGAUUGAAAAGAUUGAAUGUUUAAGAGUAUUUUGUGUAUAAUUUAUUCAGAAUCAUUGUUUAAGCAGUAUUUUAAAUGUCUUAAUUGUGUCACUGUGUUAUUUUUUUAAAAUACAGAUACAGAACAUUAUUUUUAAAUAGAUUUCAUAAAUAACAUGCAGUUGUCCCCACAAUGUUCUUUUGUCAUGAGUCAUAAUAGUACAGUAAAUCAAAAUCCACAAGGUGUUGUGUACAAGAAAUUCUCAUGUGCAUCAUAUUGUUCCCUGUAUGUGCUUCUCGUUCUGCUGUGGGGUGUUGAUAUGUUUAGAGUUGCCAAAGCUAAGCAGAUAUUCAAGAAGAUUGGUGCAUUUGUUGUUUAAUGAUUCAAAUUCACUCUAAAUAUACCAAGUUGUAUAAAGUAGGUGUCCUUGAGUUUGAUUUUUAAGGUUUUAAGAGACAAUGUGAAAGGAAAAUUGAGUGAGUGCAAACAAAAUUCAGAUGUUCCUUACAUGUUUUGCUUUUGUAAAACUGAAAGCGUUUUAACCCCAUAGAUGAUGCAUUGAAAAAGCAAGCCUAUCCAGUCUGUCCUGAUGUGAAGGAUAUGUACAGGCUUGGCACAUAGAUUUUGUGCUGUGUUAUCUAUUUGUUUACCACUAGGGGGCAGGCACUUACAAAGGGUUGCCAGACGCCGUACACUAGUUUGGAAAACCCUGUGUUCCUGAAUUUACGGAUAUUUCAUUUUGUUUAAUUUUAGCCAGUCCAGGGCCACUUUAGAAUGACAAUACCACACCAGUAAACUAGUAAAAUGUAAUCAGUGUUUAGCUUUGAGUAAAUUAGACUGUACUAGAUUAUCUGUAUGGUCUGUGUGGUUUCUGGACAGUAACCACAACUAGCACUUUAUAAUGCAGAAAAAGAAAGUAUACUCCUUUUAAGCAGUUUACCUUGUUGAUACUAAGUAGUUCUGCUGUAAUAAAACGAUUUUUGAUAUCCUUUUUACCAAUGUCAAGCUGCGUGGGAGAGUGUGUACUGUGCAGUAUUAUAUUUGCAGAGAUCACAAUUGGCUGUAAAUCCACAAUAAAGUCAGGCAAGAGCAUGAUUCACUUUGGUAUGUUAUAAUGUCUUUAAACUUGAAGAAAUCAGAGAUGAACCAACCUGACUGUGUAUGAGAAGGGAAAUUUCAUUAGUUCAAUUUCAGGGCAAGUGCACUGCCCCCUACAGUGUGUUUGUCUUUGGGCUGUACAGUUUCUUUCUUCCCUGAUUUAAUGAUUAGUGCCACAGCAGUGCUUCUGUAAAGCCUGGGGUCGGUGAUGAAACACAUGUUUCACUGUAGCUAUAUUUAUGUGACUGUUGCUUGAAAUCAAACUCAGGGGAAGGGAGGAUAUUACAUGAUCAGACGCUUACAUUUUCAAGUUGAAAUCUCAAUGAUGUAUGAUUGCAUCAAUAAAACAUGAGUACUUCUGUGGAAAGAUUUAAAAAGUUGAUGAAUCGGCUCCAGUGUAAGCUGAUCUAAAUGAAAAAAAAAA